AUGCCACAUCGGUUAGAAUCGGAAUCAUUUUCAAAUUUAACACCUGUGGCGCAUAGUGGACAACAACAGCGCUCGCAAUCUCGAACUCGCAAUCGUAUGGUUGUUGAACGAACUGAAAUAAGACAAGAUUAUGAUAAAUGUGUCAAUGAUGGUGACAAUAGCAGAGGAGGAGGAUAUAUGCAAGUCGAGAUCUCAAUGGCUGUUGAAACAAUCCUUGAUGAUUCCACUCCAUCACACUAUGGAAGACCAAUUAAAGUACAUUGUGAACCAAAAAUAAUCGAUGAACACGUACAACAAAGAGAGUUACGUGAACGUUACCGUGAGCAACGUGAAGAGAGACAACGUGAAUAUAUGAACGAUCAAUGGAUAUCAUCAGGUAGCAGUGAUCGUAUGGGAUAUCAAAUUAAUGAAAAUUAUCGAAAUAUAGUGGAAAAUGAUGGAAAACGGACACAUAUAAGGUCUAAAUCAGGAUCAUUACGAGAAUUUCUCAGUGAUUACGAGAAUAUCAUAAAUAAUCGAAAUCAAUUAUCACAAGCAAACAACGAACGAGCUGGUGAAUCAGGUUAUCGAAGUGAAUCAACAACAUACGAAGAAACAAUAUCCACAACUCGUUAUUCAGAUUCUGCUGGUACACCUGAAUACAGCUUACCAAUAAGAAAUACGUUGUACAAUAGUAGUCCAUCAAUAGCUGUUCAUUUGCCUGCUGAUUCAACAAUUACCACUGAAACAACAAUUACGACUACUACUGCAAUUAAGAAAGUUGCAAGUGGUUCAAAAUUUACUGAAGAAAACAUCGCUCCACGUGCGUCAGUGUCACCUGUUCCGUCACUUAGUUCACCGAUAAUUCCAACUAGCGAUACGUCAACAAAAUUAGGCGUUGUCUCAAGUCUAACUAAACAAUUUGAAAUGAAUACAAGUAAACAACAAACAAUCGAUGAGUCACUUUCACGACCAAUCAAUGGCAAUAAAUGGAGUCCAAAGGGUGGUCCAAAGCCAAAAGAAUUACCACAACUAUUGCCAAGUGUUGAAUUCAUGACAACGCCAUCCGGUGGAAAGUAUAAAAAGAUUGAUUAUGAGGUGAUUGAAGAUAGUAAAUUGCCUAGAAAUGAGUUGCAAGAUGAUUCAACUACAAAGUAUAGCUUCGAAAAAAAACGAGAAGAGAGUACCAUGGAUAUAUCAUCAUCAUCAUCCGAUACACAAUUCAUCACACCUUCACAACAAAAGGAACAGAUUACUGUCUACGAGUAUGAUUCACAAAAAAUCAGUCGUCGAUCAGGUGAAAAACCAAUUGCGCUUACAGAAUACGAACAAAAGCUCGAAAAGGAUUCAAUGCCUCAUCGACAUCAGUGGACUGAAGAGACAAAAACUGAAGUAUGGUCAUCUACUUCUAAAGGUGUUUGGCAAUAUGAUAUAAAGCAUUUUCCGCCUGCUACUAUAACACCACCGGCAGCUACAGCAAGUCGUGGGUUAUGGGAGAGUGCGGAAUCCAGUCGCGGAUUGUGGGAGAGUGCGGAAUCCAGUCGUGGAUUAAGGGAUAGUGCGGAAUCACGACAUCGUAAUGUUACAAGUUAUGAUGAGAAGCCAAAGCCAAUAACGGAUAAUGUUGGUUCUACAUCAUCAACAGUUGUGAUAAAACAGGAUCAGGAAGGACGAAUGUUAUCAUCCGAAACGUGGGAUACGAAACGUCAAAAAACGUCAUAUUCUACUGCUUCAACGUUGGAAAAAACACGUGAACUUGAUGAAGAAAUUGCUGAAAAAGAAGAUGUUCGUCAACAUUCACCAAUGUGGGCAAUAAUAAAAUCCACUCGUCAUGAUGAUAUUCAAGAAAAAGAACCGGAAGAAAAAGAAAAAUUAAAUUACGAUGGUAGUAGCAUUCGUACUAGUCGUACGUCAAAUUGGGAAACAACGGAAAAGAGUUCAAAGGAACGUUCAGAAAUGACAACACAACAGAAAACUCAACAAACACCGCCACAAUUACCUGUAAUCUCUUCAUCAUCUCAGAAGCAUCCUGAAACGAUAAGUUCCGGUAAGAUAGCAGAAUCGAAAAGUUCAAUGAUGGAUGGUACCACGAAAACAUUUCAAACAACAACAAUCAUUGAUCAUCACAAAAGCAAUGAAAGAGGAGGAUCUGGUGCAAUAAGACCAAGUAAUAUGGAAGAAAUUUCAAUUUCGGAUUAUAGAAGUACAAUUUCUGCUAGGCCAGUUUUUAGUCGAACUGUUGGAUCAAUAUCUAGUCCAACUUAUGGUAUGACAACAGCAACCGGUGGUAGAAUCCUGAAAACCGUAACGGAAAUCGGUUCAUCAUCAUUGCAUAGUAGUGGUAUGUCACCAUUUGGACAAAAUGCUGCAUCAGCAAUACGUGAUACACGUGAACGGGAAAAAAAGGAAAUGAGCGAUUUAAAUGAUCGUCUUGCUUCCUACAUAGAAAAGGUACGCUUUCUUGAAGCACAGAACCGUAAAUUAGCUGCUGAUCUAAAUUUAUUACGUGGUCGUUGGGGUAAAGAUUCUGUAAGUGUUCGUGCGAUGUAUGAAGGUGAACUACAGGAGGCACGGAAAAUAAUAAACGAUACGAAUAGCGAACGCGAAGAUUUAGAAAAACGAAUUCGGAAAUUGAUGGAUGACUUAACGGAAUGCAAAAAACGAUAUGAUGAUGCACUUCGCGCACAUCAAGCUGAUCGAAAAUGCAUUGAUGAAUUAUUGGUAAAAUUAUCUGGUCUGGAAGCUGAAAUUAACCUUUUACGACGUCGGGUCAGUAGUUUGGAAGAAGAAGUAAGCCGUAUCAAACGAGAUAACUUGCAUUUUGUUAAUGAACUCAACAAGGCAAGAGCAGAUUUGGAUCAGGAAACGCUUAAUCGGAUCGAUUUUCAAAAUCAGGUGCAAACAUUACUGGAAGAAAUUGAUUUCAUGCGUCGUGUGCAUGAUCAGGAAAUUAAUGAAUUGCAAGCAAUGGCUGCACGUGAUACAACACCGGAAAAUCGGGAAUAUUUCAAGAAUGAACUUUCAUCUGCAAUUCGUGAUAUUCGUGCUGAAUAUGAUCAAAUAUGCAAUAUGAAUCGAACAGAUAUGGAAUCAUGGUAUAAAUUAAAAGUACAAGAAAUUCAAACUCAAUCAACAAGACAAAACUUGGAACAAGGUUAUGCUAAAGAGGAGGUGAAGCGACUUCGUGUGCAACUUUCCGAGCUACGCGGAAAAUUAGCUGAUCUUGAAGGACGUAAUUCACUGCUAGAGAAGCAAAUGCAAGAAUUGAAUUAUCAAUUGGAAGAUGAUCAACGAUCCUAUGAAGCUGCCCUAAAUGAUCGAGAUGCCCAAAUCCGGAAAAUGCGGGAAGAAUGUCAAGCAUUAAUGAUGGAAUUGCAAAUGCUUUUAGACACCAAACAAACUUUAGAUGCUGAAAUAGCAAUUUAUCGAAAAAUGCUUGAAGGUGAAGAGAAUCGAGCUGGUUUACGUCAACUUGUUGAACAGGUUGUUAAAACACAUGGCCUUACGGAAGUUGGUGAAACCGAGACUAUACGUGUACUGAAAGGUGAAACAGCUAGUCGUACGUCAUUUCAACGUUCCGCCAAAGGAAAUGUUUCUAUACAGGAUGCUGCAUCAGAUGGUAAAUAUGUUUUAUUGGAGAAUACACAUCGUUCCAAGGAGGAAGCAAUUGGUGAAUGGAGAUUGAAACGAAAAAUUGAUGGUAAACGUGAAAUUGUAUAUACUUUUCCAAGAGAUUUCAUUUUAAAACCUGGAAAAUCGGUUAAGAUCUGGGCUCGUGGCCAAGGAAUAUACAAUCCACCGGAUCAGUUAGUCUUUGAUGCGGAAGAAUCAUUCGGAAUUGGCUCUAAUGUACAAACCAUUCUCUUUAAUAAAGAGGGAGAGGAACGUGCAUCGCAUAUUCAACGCUCAAGUCAUACUGUCAAUUAA